UGCUAUGAGUCACAAUACGUCAAUCAGUGACCUUUGACAGCUCGAAGUCACCAACAACUCUCUCUGUAACUGCCACCAAUGGCCGCCUCGCCCUUCGCACGCAGCUCGUCUAUCUAUGACGAGCCCCAAUUUGGCUCGCGAACGCAAACCAUCGAGGAGAUGUACAGCGUGCCAGAAAGCUUCCUCGAAAUCGACAUCCGGAAUCCGCAAACGCACGGCUUCGGGCGGAAGAUGUACACGGACUACGAGAUCGUAUGCAAGACGAACAUCCCUGCGUUCAAACUCCGCCACUCGACUGUUCGCCGACGCUACUCGGACUUUGAAGCCUUCUACGACAUCCUCGAGCGCGAGUCCACGCGCGUCAGCAUCAUCCCCCCGCUCCCGGGGAAAGUAUUCACCAACCGGUUCUCGGACGAGGUUAUCGAGGCACGCAGGGAGGGCCUGGAGCGCUUUCUGACGGUCGUUGCGGGGCAUCCGCUGCUCCAGGUGCGUGCAUCCGCAUCUGGCCACCGUCCUGCCCUUUUCGUGCGCGCGGCUUAUCAAUCGUCCGUCGUAGACGGGGAGCAAGGUGCUUGGCGCGUUCCUGCAGGAUCCAUCCUGGGACAAGACGCAGUGGUCCUGAAUCGCGAGGCAACGCCGACCGCGGCUGCUGCGGAAACGCACCAGUGAAGGGAAAGGGCAGCAGCAAUACCAGCAGCAGCCGCCGCUUGAUAUCGGCGUUCAGCAGCCUCGGCUGGGAUGACGUGAAAAGAUUGGGGUUUGCGUUUCCGGGGUUCUUGCGU